CCCGCAUUUCUUCAGGAAUUUCUGCCUUUAGGCAACUGCUUAAAAGGAACCAGGAAGUUUUGCCAGUUAUCUUCCUUCUUAAAGCUGGGAGGCUUCCAUUCGGGUCGCAGAAGGAGCGAAGGAGCAAAGGAGGAACUGCACGAGGACAAAAGAGUCACCUUAGCGAUGGCGGGGGUGCUGGAUCAGGACCUCCGUGUCCACACCUGCGGUGAGUGCCAGAAGCAGAUGGAGACCCGCUGGCACUGCCCCCAGUGCACCUACGACCUUUGCAUCGGCUGCUACACCGCCAAGGGCCACCCCCACGAGAUGGUGAAGGUGGGGCUGGGCCUGGAUGAUGGCGGCAACCAGGGGCAGCCGCAGUUCAGGAGCCUCCGGGAGUGGCGGCGCCAUGCCAUCCAGCGCUGCAUCCAGUCCCUGCGGCACGCCCGCCAGUGCCGCAACGCCGGCUGCCCGCUGCCCACCUGCCAGAAGAUGAAGCGGGUCAUGGAGCACACCAAGGCCUGCCAGCGCAAGAACAACGGAGGCUGCGGCGUGUGCAAGCAGUUCAUCGCCCUGUGCUGCUACCACGCCAAGCACUGCCAGGAAAACCCGUGCCCCGUGCCCUACUGCCUCAACAUCAAGCAGAAGCUCCGCCAGCAGGAGAUCCAGUACCGCCGGCAGCACGCCUAGCUCCCGCGCCCGCGGGUGCGCCAGCAGCAGCGCCGAGUGUGCCUUCCCCUCUGCACCGCCCCGGCCCGCACACUGCAUCCCAGCCCCCUGCACACCACACCCCCGACCCUGCCCCAGCCCUCGCCUGUGAGCAUGUCUCCAGCCGGCUUCUCCCGAGUGGCCAGAACUCAGCCCCCCCACAGUUUGCACCGGGAAGCCCACUAGCCAGGUGCCAGCCCCCGCCCCCGCGCAGGCCCGCCGGCAGCCAUGGAGUGGCCGGCAGAUCGCACGGGAGGUGCAGCAGGAGCAGCACCUGUCCCGGCUGAGCACCAACAACAGGAGGCUCCUGCCCCCUCUGCCGUUUUCCUGUUAUUCUCAUUUCAGGUGUCACAAGAGACAGCUAAGCAGCCGAGAAAAGCAACUCUAGACCCAGCUUCCUGCCACCGCCCGCACCCACAUCCGACCCACACACACACAUAAAUAUCCCGCCCUCCCUAACCUUGCUUGCUGAAAUGGAUAUACUGGUGUGUAUUA